CCUGUUGAACCACAUUCGAUCGGACACAGAGCAGCCAGACUAGAAGCCGAUAGCUUGUGUCGGCAAUGUCCAGCCAGUCACCCUUCUAUGAAACCGCUGACUGGCCUCUACAGCCUUCCCCACGACAAAGCAGCCUAUCUUCAUUAAGCCCAGCUUCAGAAACGGCCAGCAUACAAUUUUCCAAUUUUCCUUUACCACCUACCCCCUCGACAUCUCGCCCUCCGAGCGACAAAAGCAGAUUGUCCAGUGUGCCAACAGACCACACGAUUCACGUGCCACUUGCCAGGCCGCUUACCAUCUCCUUCUGCAAAGGCAGCAAAUUAUUCAAAUUGAGAUAUUCGCAAAUCGAACUCGAGAAAGAUGUAGCCGGGGCUCUGAAACGUAUCCUGUUGAGCGAGCCUUCGGGCAUGACGAGUGUUCUCGUUCAUUCUUUCCCAGGUACCAGGAUACCUAUUCCACACCUUGAACAACCCGUCACGUCGGGUUCGAGCCAUAUUUCUCGGGUCUCGUUUCUCGAAGAGCAGACUGUACAAACUGCGUCGACGCUGUUCCAGGCACAGCCUCAUUACAUAUUCGACACUUGGGAAGAUUGCAUCAACUUCCAAGAGGCACUCCUUGGUCAAACAGUGGUGUUUACUGCGGGAAUUGCGGAAGCCAAAUCAAAAGGUCGAGGUGAAGAAUGCAUCAGUCAAAACUUACGCAUCCUACGAGCUCGGAAUGGGCGACAAGUCAUCCUGUUCUUUACCAAUUCACAGCGGAAAGAGAAGAAAAGAUACAUCACGAUUCCCCGUAAGUACUUGUAUACAUGUCCCACAACACGGGCGAUAUUGCAACUCCUUCCUCUGCCCCUAAGAUUGGGGUUGUCAACACCAGUCAGAGAGCAAGCCAACUGAAACAUCGCGCAACGUGCUGGACCAGUGCUGUUUCGGCGGAUUGUGCCGGUCUUUGACAAGAUGGGACUACAUGAACUGACAAAUUGACAGUCGAUUGCAUUGACCACAUUGAACAGAGCAAGAAACCUGGCCGGCCUCUUACACUUUCCUUACGACCGAAUUUUGACCUGUUAUCCCAGAUGAAGACGCUGCAUAUUCUUUUUCUCGACGAGAAUGACCAAAAGCGAUUCUUCGGCCUCCUUUGUCACGGAGUUGGUUUUCAAGCUUGAACCGGCAUGUAUAUAUUAGUGGACUUUGAUCAAAGCCAUUGUAUGAGCGUAUGAGCGAACGUCAGGAUACCCGACAGAGAUAUUCUCUUGCAAUUUGUCUUUAUGACAUAUAAUGAAGAACGUGAAACAAGG